AUGUCUGAACAAAUCAUUGACCCUGAUAUGUUUUUGUGGAAUUCAUUUACCGAGGAAGAACCUUCAACGACGGUAAAUUUCUUAAUACCUCAAUGUUAUUUUGUCCCCUCCCCUCCUACAACCGUACCAGGGGUACUUUAUCAAAAUUUUGAAGUCGCUGAAUCACCACGCGUGGUAUUUACGGAUUAUCUCGUUCAAAUACCUCCUUUCCUUGAAGCCAAUUCCCUUGAACCCAUUGAAUCUGGACCUGAAGAAUCAACGAGCUUGGUUUCAGGUGAAACAAAUUGUAUUAUAACACCUGCUUUAAACUAUAGCAAUACGACUACCGAUGAGGUACCUAAUAAUAAUCGAUCGACUCGGGGGAGAGGAAGAAGGAAUUCACAACGUACUUUUAUGGACGAAGAAGCUCGUGUUGCAAGGCGAAGAGAGAGAAAUCGUCUCGCGGCUAGGAGAUCAAGGACAAGAUUUCGUGCCUAUUAUAAUCAGCUAGAACGACAUGUCGACGAAUUAGAAACAGAGGUUACGAGACUAAGAGCUCUUUUGGCGGGGAGAGAGGAAAAUCAAUAA